AUGUGUUGUUUCCAAACAGAUUCUCCCGCCUGCAUUAAGUGCCCAGUGGAUUCAUGGCCAGAUGAGAAGAGGGUGAUGUGUACUCUGAAACUUGUAGAAUAUUUGUCCUUUGAAGAACCCCUGGGAGCAGCACUGACUAGUCUCACAAUUCUUCUCUCCAUCAUCCCUGCAUUUAUACUGUGGACUUUUGUUAAAUACCGAGACACGCCGAUAGUAAAGGCAAACAACCGCAGCCUCAGCUAUUUCCUACUUGUCUGCCUUGUUCUUUGUUUUCUCUGCUCUUUAAUGUUUAUUGGAAAACCACAGAUGACAACCUGUUUACUUCGGCAAUGUGCAUUUGGUGUUACAUUUGCAGCUUGUCUCUCUUCUAUCCUUGCAAAAACACUUACUGUGGUCAUUGUAUUUGGUUCAACAAAGCCAGCAGGUUUUCAACAGAAGUGGUUGGGAACCAGGACACCAAGUUUUAUUGGUUGUUUCUGGGCUGUUCUACAGGUCAUCAUAUGCAUUGUCUGGCUUGCAUAUGCAUCAUCUUUCCCAGAAAAAAACAUCCAUGCCUAUAAAAACAAAAUAAUUAUAGAAUGCAAUGAAGGUUCUAUUACAAUGUUUUAUCUCAUGCUUGGAUACCUUGGCAUUUUGGCAAGUGUGUGUUUUAUAGUUGCAUUUUUAGUCCGAAAAUUACCAGACAGAUAUAAUGAGGCUAAAUUCAUCACAUUUAGCAUGUUGAUAUUUGUCAGUGUUUGGCUGUCAUUCAUACCAGCAUAUCUGAGCACCAAAGGAAAGUAUGUUGUUACUGUGGAAAUAUUUGCAAUAUUGUCCUCAGGGUUUGGAUUACUGAGCUGUAUUUUCUUUCCUAAGUGUUAUAUCAUCUUAUUGAGACCAGAUCAGAAUGUAAGAGAAUCUGUAGGAUGGAAAAUGCACUAA